CUGAUUGGUGGUUGAACUCAAACCAGAGGCCGCGCCCACAACACUUUUCUUACGUCACACAUGCGGAAACAAAGAGGGAUUGCUGUUCGGCUACGCAUCCUGGAUGUUCGUGCUCGCAAAAGGUCACUCAUCUAAUCCCACGAGACGAAGAAGAUAAGCUGAGGUUCUCUGAUGAUGAUGAUCAUGAUGAUGACAGUUGUUUAAUCCCAUCAGUACUUCAAUGGAAGCUCAAGACACAACCCCCACUCCUCCCAACUCCUCCACUCCGCCUUCGCCGAUCCCCCUGGAUCCAGCUGUUGCCCCCUCGGUCCAGUUAGGUUUUACUAUCCUCUACACCACUUUGUACGCCAGCCUCUUCGUGGUGGUGUACGUACAGCUGUGGCUUCUCUACAUCUAUGGACACAAGCGAUGGAGUUACCAGAGUGGCUUUCUGUACCUCUGCCUGCUGUGGGCUGCCCUUCGCACCACCUUGUUCUCCUUUUACUUCUAUAAUGCUCUGGAAGCCAACCACCUACCCGUUGCAGUGUUUUGGCUCCUUUAUUGCUUCCCUGUGUGCCUGCAGUUUUUCACUCUCAACCUCAUUAACCUCUAUUUCACUCAGGUGUUAGUGAAAGUGAGACAAGUGGACAAAGGACUCUGGGCAUCGCGGUGUUUGUAUGGUGGACUGAGCACCAUCUUCCUUUGUGUCAACUUGGUGUGUGCGGCUCUUGGGGAACGAACCAGCGAUGGCGAGAGGGGAGAGCGAACCUGGAAUCUAGUCCUGGUUCGAGUCGUGGUCAAUGACUUGCUCUUCAUCCUGGAAGCGGUGCUGCUGGCUGUUUCUCUGUCUCUCCUGACCCGACACUCGCGUUCUGCCAGCAUCCACCUAAUCAGCAAGGGAACCCCAGUGUGGCGUACAGCAGCACUGGGAGCAGCAGUGAUCUUCCUUUUUAUUAGCAGAGCCUGCUACAACCUGACAGUCCUCUUUCUGUCCCAGAAGUAUCGGGUGGAGUCCUUUAACUAUGAUUGGUACAAUGUCUCUGACCAGGCUGACUUGGAGAGUGAAAUCGGCGACAGGGGCUACCUGGCCUUUGGUGCCAUUCUCUUCAUAUGGGAGCUGCUCCCAACUGGCCUCCUCAUCCUUAUCUUCAGAGUUCGCCGGCCUGCUCAGGAGAACAGCAUCAUGGCCAUCAACAACAGGGUCCUACCUCGGCCAUAUUUCUUUGAUGACCCUGAAGGCAGCGAUGAGGACAUACCCGCUCCAUGGGCGAACAGUUCAAAUUCAAACAUAAGCUGGUACGGAUCAGAGACCGCUCCGCUCCUAUUUGCCAACAAUCUUCCAGACCAGAAUCACCAGCACCACACUUUCUAUUCCACUCCUCAAAACUGACUCCAUCUCUCAGCCCACCCUGAGCUGUUGUGGCUUUGACAUCCAUCUCAAGGACAAGCACACGCACACACACACACACACUCAUGCACACAUACACACAGCUGGUAGUCCCUCCCCGUGUGAGCAAAUUUGCACUGAAAAACCUCAGGAAAUCACCACCAGUGAAUAUGCACCUUGCAGUUUUCUAAAGGGACUAUAUUUAAAAUUAUUUUCCUAGUUUAAAGGGAACAAACUGUAGAAAAAGAUCUACCUGAUUUAACUGGCCAGUGUUGUUCUCUCAUGAAGGUUAAACUGAGCUUUUACCCUUCACACACAAUGUGGAGAGACUCUUACAUUCCUUAAAAAAAACGGCACAUGUAGCUUCAUUUGCAUUCCUGUCUACGAUGCUACAAUCAUAAGCUGACUGAUACUAACGUGCAGUUGAACUGUAACUUUUCUUUUAGACAGGAUCACAUCGUGAUCAUUUGUAUUUAGUCUGACUUUUUUGGAAUUUGGUGUCUGUAACAAAGUACUGUUUUAAGACCAGUAAUGUCUUUUGACAGAUUUAAUAUACUUGUAUUUUCUGAUCUCAGAUCUGUGAUCUCCCAGUAUAGUUUUUUUUUUUUUUUCUUUUCUAAAGGUCAGUGUCUGCUGUUUGGUUUGUUUCCCAUAUUUGUAAAUAGUUAUAAGUAUAAUUUUAACAUUUUUAAGUUGAUUCAGGUUUUUAUUGCAUCUCUCUGUGAGUUUAACUUAUUUUAUAACUGUGGUCCUACCUUUAAUUGUAGCUGAAAAUCAAAUGCUACUCUGCUUUUAUGCCUUUUAUGCAAAGGAACUAACUCAUAGUCUGUCACUCACCUGUGGUUUAGACGUAUCCACGUUACAGGCGUGUUGCUGUGCAGGCUGCAAACUAAUACAAAAACAUCAGAAGAAACCUGCCGAGCCUGUUGCCAAGCAGGAAAUACAGUACAUGUGGGAGAUGCAUUAUGCAUUUUAGGCCUGUUACUACAAAAAAACUGAUUAGAAUCAAGUGAGGCGUGUGACCCACUCUUUGAAAUUCAGUUCUACUUUUUUUGUCUUUUGUUAUUGUUGAAUGAUGAUAAAG